UAUAUAUUUAAAGUAAUGGAAGAAGGCGGAGAUCUUCGAGACGGCAGAAACAGCUUAAGGAUGAGGAUGAAGAAGGUGUUUCACAGUCCCGCCACCCACGCCGUCAUUAUUGCUCUCAUUAUAAUAGACGUUCUUCUCCUUCUGGUGGUACUGCUGGUAGACAUCGACGUCAUAGAGGUUCACGCUGAGACCCCCGAGGAGGAGGAGGAACUGAAGCUGGAGGUGGAGGAGGGAUUACACUAUGCCGCUCUCACAAUUAUCUCCCUCUUCGUGGUAGAGGUGAUUUUAAAGAUGGCAGUAGAAGGAAAGCACUUCUUUGAUGAAAAGUGGGAGAUAUUUGAUGCUGUCAUUAUCUUCGUGACCUUUGGCCUUGACCUUGCGUUAGCCUUCAGUCCUGUUAGUUACGUGGUCAGGGACAGUGUAUCAUUGCUUAUCUUCUUCAGAUUGUGGAGAGUCAUCAAAAUUAUGGCCGAAAUCCAGUAUUGUGUGAGGAAAGAAGUUCCUGAAACCAUUGAUAAAGAGAAACUGGCCAAAGAGAAAGCAGAUUGGCUUGCAAGACGCAAGGAGGCACACACUAAUGUUUAACUGUGAGCUCCUCAAGUCGCAUCAGGUUUUCUCAAAAUGCACAGAGUAAAUUUAGAAGAUCGAUUUCUAACUUUCAACUUCAUGGAGAUGCUAAUAGAAAAACUUCAUUCACUCCUACGCCUUUAUCAUUUGGGGCCUCGAACAGACAUACGACGAUUUCUUCUUUACUAUCGAGUAAUUCGCCCUCAUUGUCAGCAAUCAAAACUUCUAGAUCAACUUUUUCACGUUUAUCUUUCGCAAACACUUUGAAGGUCAAUGCACCAAGUUCCUUGUCAAC